AUUAUAUAAUCAUUAGUCUUGAACACGUGUUAGCUGCGUAACAUAUACAAAAAAUCUUCUCCUAAUUCUUUAAUUCACUUCAUAUAGGAUUGAUAAUAAUUGGAAAAGCGUAAAAAUAUCUUCGCAGAGGCCAAAUGAACACCGAUUACGGGCAGUGCGAGUACCUGGUGAAAGGAACAUGCGGCAACUGCAGCUUGGAGGUACUGUAUCUUCCACAUCAUCCGUUCAUCCUACCAAAGAAACAUGGUUAAAUAUACAGAACUCAAGUCAAUUGCCAUCGAAUAAUGCCACGGAAAGACCAACAAUGAGAGACCUACAAGACAUGUUUGCUCCGGCUCAGGUGCCGCAAGAACAAGGCACAUCAUCUAGUACUGCAGUAGACCAUGGGGUGUAUGUCACGCAUGUAUCAAUGGAAAAGCCAACAGACAGUUCGGCAUAGAAAAAAAAGUAGUAGUAAAUUACCUAUAGGUUUUUAAAGGCAUGCAAAAGGUUGCGGCCAAUGCGAAGUAAAGGUGGCCUGCGAAGCGGAGCGACAUUUUAAUUUAUUUAAUUUAUUCGUAGUGAUAUUUAAUCAAUGUCGACUUCUUUUGGGUAAAGAUAGCUUUCGUCGACCAAACAUAAAUUAUUGAUUGAGGAAAAGGAUUGAGAAAACUUGGUUUAAGCUUGAGCUGUAUUAAUUUCGUUAAUUUCAAUUUGGGCGAAUAUUUGUAUCGUAUACGAGCUUUUAUCCAAUGCUCCAAUUUAAUAUCAGAUAUAAUUGACAUGCAUGUUUCAUGGAAUUAGAAAAAAGAACCGAAAUUUAUAGACACUUUCUGGAUUUGCUUCACGAAAUGCACACGAAACAAUAGCUGGAAAUCGAGGGGGACAAUGCAUGCAUGUAAUCCAUUCUAAAUACUGUAAGUCAUUUUCAUUGCCAGCAAGCAUAUGGAUGAUUCCAGCUAUACAGACAAAAUUUUGAUCUAGACAAGACGAACGAAAUUGAUUACCAUAGCUGCAAAGAGCAUCUUAAAAUGUCGAGUAAAAUUGCAAAGUUUGAUUGCGAAUUGUUGGUUUCAAAAUCGUUAAAAUGUCAAGAAUCAACAACCAGGCACUUGUAAUAAUCCUAAAUUAUAUACCUUCUAUACCAUCCCUUUUAAUCAUUAUACCAUUACACCAAUCACAAACUUUUGCCGGAAUCCUACUCUAGUGGCCGACGACAUACUGGAAACAACAAAAUACGCGCUGAUGCAUGCACGAUAAUAACUCAAUUGCAUACUCGUAUAAUUUAUAGACUAAUGGCGUAUGGUGAAUGAACAUUUGAA